GCGCAGUCUGCAAAUGUCUGGACUCGUUCAUCUUCGAACAGUCGCAUCCUGAACAGCUGUCCGCUCUUAUAACUUCACCUGCUCCACCAUGAGCGGAGAUCAUGGAGAUUCGCGGGUCAAUUCGGGAUCUAAAGGAAGCGAAACUCACAAACAUAAAGACAAGUACAAGGACAAAGAACACAGACACAAAGACCACAAGAAAGACAAGGAGCGAGAAAAAUCCAGGCACAGCAACAAUGAACAUAAGGACGACUCCGAGAAGAAACACAAAGACAAAGAGAAACUGAAGCACAGUGAUGGCAGCUCAGACAAGCACAGGCAAAAACACAAAGACAAAGACAGAGAGAAGAGGAAAGAGGACAAGAUCAAAUCAACACAUGUAGACAAGCCUAAAAAAGAGAAAGAAAAUGGAUAUGUAAGAGAAAGACGUCCUGCUGCUGUAAAGAGCGAGCCCGAAGAGGACAGUUGCGUCUUCCCCUCUCCCCAACACAAGUCCUCCAAACGAGAAUAUGAUGACGAAGGGAUUGUAUACAAGCCCAAAAAAAUCAAGAGAGAACACGAAAAGGCCAAGAAGAGGAAGUGUGAGUAUGAUGAAGAUGAGGAUGAUGAGGAGAUAAAGCCUAAAAAGAAGACAAAAAACAAAAAGGUUACAGAGGGAAAGAAAGUCAAGAAGGAAGAAGAAAAGUGGAAAUGGUGGGAGGAGGAGCGCUAUACUGAUGGCUCCAAAUGGCGCUUCCUUGAACAUAAAGGUCCUGUGUUUGCUCCUCCAUAUGAACCCUUACCUGAAAAAGUCAAAUUUUACUAUGAUGGUAAGCCAAUGAAACUAAGUGCUCCUGCUGAGGAGGUGGCCACAUUUUUUGCAAAGAUGUUGGAUCACGAGUACACAACCAAGGACAUCUUCAGGAAGAAUUUCUUUAAGGACUGGAGAAAGGAAAUGACAUUAGAGGAGAAGUCCAAGAUCACCGAUCUGAACAAGUGCAACUUCAGUGAGAUGAAUGAGUAUUUUAAGGCCCAGUCAGAAGCCAAAAAACAGAUGUCAAAAGAGGAGAAACAGAAAAUUAAAGAGGAGAAUGAGCAGGUCCUGCAGGAAUAUGGUUUCUGCAUCAUGGACAACCACAAGGAGCGUAUCGGAAACUUCCGCAUUGAACCACCAGGCCUCUUCCGAGGACGAGGCGACCACCCGAAGAUGGGCAUGCUGAAACGCCGUAUCAGGCCUGAAGACAUCAUUAUUAACUGUAGCAAGGACUCCAAGUAUCCAAAACCUCCUCCAGGCACAAAGUGGAAGGAAGUUCGCCAUGACAACAAAGUCACUUGGCUGGUAUCUUGGACAGAAAACAUCCAGGGAUCCAUUAAGUAUAUUAUGUUGAACCCAAGUUCCAGGAUUAAGGGGGAGAAGGACUGGCAGAAAUAUGAGACUGCUCGACGCUUGAAGAAGUGUGUGGACCAUAUCCGUACCCAGUAUAGAGACGACUGGAAGUCUAAAGAGAUGAGGAUCAGACAAAGAGCUGUGGCUUUGUAUUUCAUAGACAAGCUGGCACUGAGAGCGGGUAAUGAAAAGGAGGAAGGUGAAACAGCCGAUACUGUUGGUUGUUGCUCACUGAGGGUGGAGCACAUCAAACUAUACCCCAAGAUGGAUGACCAGGAGUAUGUGGUGGAAUUUGACUUCUUGGGGAAGGAUUCCAUCCGCUACUACAAUAAAAUCCCUGUGGAAAAGAGGGUUUUCAAAAAUCUUCAGUUGUUCCUGGAGAACAAGCAGGAUGAAGAUGACCUCUUUGACAGAUUAAAUACCUCUAUUCUGAAUAAGCAUUUACAGGAGCUGAUGGACGGCCUGACAGCUAAGGUGUUCCGCACCUACAACGCCUCCAUCACCCUGCAGCAGCAGCUUAAGGAACUUACCUGCCCUGAAGACAGCAUUCCAGCUAAAAUCUUGUCAUACAACCGAGCCAAUCGGGCAGUGGCCAUUCUCUGCAACCACCAGAGAGCACCACCUAAAACGUUUGAGAAGUCCAUGCAAAACCUUCAGACGAAGAUUGAUGAGAAACAGAAUCAACUGUCUGCAGCACGGAAACAGCUGAAGUCUGCCAAGGCUGACCACAAGGCUUCCCGUGAUGACAAGAGCAAAAAGGCUGUGGAGGUGAAGCGUAAGGCUGUCCAAAGGAUAGAGGAGCAGCUGAUGAAGCUGCAGAUGCAAGCCACAGACAGAGAGGAGAACAAGCAGAUUGCACUGGGCACGUCCAAGCUCAACUACCUGGAUCCUCGCAUCUCCGUCGCUUGGUGCAAGAAGUGGGACGUUCCCAUCGAGAAGAUAUACAACAAAACCCAGAGAGAGAAGUUCGCCUGGGCAAUUGAUAUGGCCGACGACGACUAUGAGUUUUAAAUACUGUUCUUACUGUUUAGUUUUUUCUACCCAUGCCUUUGAUUGUACAGACGGUUUGCAGUGUAUGUGACACAGUUGUACUGUGUGGUUGCUGCAGAGCUUUGAGGGAGAACAGAAAGACUUGUAUGUCUAAGGUAAUACUGGAAAAUAAUUCCAAACAUUUGACCAAAUUGCCAAAGGUCAUCUGUAGUACAUAUGUAGCUGCACGUAGUAUGACCACACUGUAAAAAAAAAAAGGAAAGAGAACUGGAAAA